AUGGCGAAAUCAAUGGCAGUUAUCAAGAAUUGCUUAUCGAUCUCUUCUCUGCAACCCAAAACCCCUCAACACUUUCAACUGCCUCUUCUUACACCCACACUCUCUUCCAUCUCACUCUCGCUCACGCUCCUUACGAGCUCCGACUCGGACAGUGACUCAGUUCCCUACUCAACUCCAUCUCAGCCCUCAACGCCGUCGGAAUCUUACAAGGACUCCAACUCCCACAGACGCUUAUACGAUGGCUCGCUUGAGAAUGGCCUCGAUGUGGGCGUUUAUAAGGCAAUAUUGGUCGGACAGGUAGGGCAGACCCCCGUGCAGAAGAAACUGAAGAAUGGAUUGGCGGUUACAAUGUUUUCAGUGGCGACAGGUGGGAUUCGCAACAACAGGAGGCCGUACGAGAAUGAGGAACCGCAGGAGUAUGCCAACCGCUGUGCUGUUCAGUGGCAUCGAAUUUGUGUUUACCAAGAGAAGUUGGGAGAGCUCCUCAUGAAACAUGUUGUGCCUGGUAUGACCUUAUAUUUGGAGGGAAAUCUGGAGACAAAAAUCUUCACUGACCCAAUCACUGGUCUGGUUCGUCGGAUUCGAGAGGUUUCCAUUCGUCGAAAUGGUCGGGUUUUAGUUUUGGGAAAAGGCGAUAAUACCCUGCAAGCAACUCCAGGAGAAGUGAAGGGUGUUGGCUUUUAGUAGAACCUAGCAAACUUUGGUUAUGGUUAAAGAACUAAAAAUUUCUUUUGCAUGGAACCAGUUUUCGCAUUUGUAAUCAUACUAUGUUUAAAGGUAAUUUAUGGAUGAAAAAGUUUGCGCCAAUUCGAAAGUUCUUGAAA